AUGCGGUGCGAGAACAAGGCCGCCGAGAGCGCGUCUGCACGUCUCUGUGCGGAUGCCGAAGCAGAAACCACAGCAACUGAUGUGUCAUCGGUUGCUGAAGCGUCUCAUCCUGUAUCACCUGGUGAUGCAGGCGCUCGUCAUGAAAACACUUAUGUCUUCACAGAGUAUGAGCUCGGUGUCUCAUACUCUCCUGAUACGGAAGAGGAUUCUGUAUCGAAGGCGGUUGAAACCAAGACGCCUGCCAAGCGUGGCAUGGAUGAUGCUAUGCGUCGUAGUAUCUUUGGUUCAUCUGAGAAUCAGAUGAACCAUCGCCAAAGCGAAGGCGCUCGAGGUCGCGAGACUCGGGCGCUAACAGAAGAGCGGGACCACAAUGUGUUGCGUCUCGCUCCUUAA